AUGGGCCCGCACCAUCCUUCACAUGGCCAACGCUCAGAGCCGCCUCCCGAGGAGCAGCAAUCAGCCAUUGCCGAGAAUGCACGCCGCGUUGAAGAAUGCCUAGCAGCAACUGCUCCCGAAGCCGGAUCCCACGACACAUCACGUCCCGUGACGGGCCUGCCGAUGGACCGAGACUUCUACCCAGAGCUGGCUUGGGGUGGCAGAAGAGAAGGAGGGUGUCUCAUGGAGGCACAUGACCACCUCAGCGAGGCAGGCCGUCUUCCGGCAGUACUCGAAAGUUUGGAGCAAACCACAGGCGACGACGACGACGACGACUUGGGUUCUGGCACUGACGACGACAUUGACGUUGAGUUCGAGUUUUACAACCCAGGAAAGACUCUCUAUAUGCAACCCUAUGAUCCAUGCGAACCCUAUGGUGUCGAGGCCUAUCCGUGGCCUAACAACAACGACAUUGAGCCCGCCAUCGUUACCAAAAACAUGUGUUACGCCCAGGAAGAAGGCUCGUUGACUCGAGAGGUCUACGAUUGGAAACCGACCAGGAAGAUCGCAACGACCCCACGCAGUGAGCCCACGAAGCUCGUCGUCAAAAUCCAAGAUAUGCUCGCGGGUGGCGAGACACCCGGUCCCCAGGUGCUCGUUUGCAAGGUAGAGGAACCCUUAGAGGGCUUUCCAGAGUGCGUUGUUGUGAAGAUCUGCGACCCCCUGGGCUACAACGUCGACACCAACAAUGACGGAACACCCUGGAGAGAGACUUCAAGAGCCGACAUACAUGUCUGUUGCGAAGCCGCCACACUCGACUUCCUCGACAAAAGCCCUCAUAUUGGCGACAAGCGCCUCGCCCCAAGGUUCUACGGUGCCUACAUCCUGAAGGUGCCCAAGAUCAACCCGACUGUCGGCGAGAGCGGUACACGUGAGGUUCCCGUUCUCGUCAUGGAGCACAUCCAGGGCAUAAGCAUGUCAGCGAUGUGUGCCAGUAACGGCACACAUACGCUGCAGAUGGAUGAAAAGACGCGUUUGGAGGUGCUGAAGAUUUUUCUUGACGGCUACGUCCAACAGCUAUUUGCAGGCGUUGAGCAACGUCGUAUUGAGCCUGAGCAUAUACUUAUUGCGCCAACAGAGAAGAAGUACCAGCCCCGAGUCGCGCUCAUCCAUUACCGAGACUCGCUGAUCGACUCGAAGCACAAGAAGCCUCUCAAGAUGUACGAAGACUAUGAACACCCGCCCCACCCUUUCACCAAGUUCAGCUGUCAGAAAUUGCGCGCUUUGACUGGCUGGUUUCCAUCGAAAUGGAAGGAAAUCAACAUGGAUAUAUGGCUCAUCGAGUCCUUUAAUGAUGACAAAUGGGGCCCGUAUCAGCCUAGCAAGAUCAUACCCGAUGGUGUCAUUCUCGAGGAGAUGGAGAAGAGGGGGAAGAUCGUGAAGGUGAAGGCAGACGGCUGGGUGAAGAAGAGUCAAAGUGAAGGCCCGGGUUAG